UUCCUGUUCCGGGAGGGGCGGCGGCGGUGGCGGCAGCAUGGACCGGGAGCUGCUGCGUCAGGUGCUCAACUACCAUGGUCCUGAGCUGCUUUCGCUGCUCCGCGCCGAGCAGCAGGACAACCCUGACUUCCGCGGGCUGCUGCCGCCGCCGGGGACCGUCUUCGAACAGCCACGCGGCGCCCCGCAACCGUCGGCAGCCUGCAAAAAGAGGACGAGCCUUGACACCGAGAUAAAGCGCUUCAUUGCCAAAAAAGCUGAUCUCCUUUUUGCCCACGCGUGGAGACCCAGCGGGCCUCUCUCCGAAACGAUUGAAGAAAAUGAAGACUAUUACGCUGUUAUGCCACCCCUGGAACGGUUCAUGGAGGUUCCCAAGGAAGAGAGGAGAGGAUUAUUUUUUCAAGACAUUGACCGUGGCGAUAUCGUGAUUGGGAAGAUUACUUCUAUUCGUGAAUUUGGCUUUUUCAUGGUGUUGAUUUGUCUGGGAAGUCGUUUCAUACGGGAAAUUUCAGAUUUACAGAUCACUGCUCUUUGUCCUUUGAGAGAUGUGCCUUCUCAAAGCAGCCAUGGAGAUCCUUUAUCUUAUUAUCAAACUGGAGACCUUAUUCGAGCUGUCGUCAAGGAUGUUGAUCGUUACCACCAGAAGCUUGCGGUGUCACUUUACAGCUCUCCUCUUCCACCCCAUCUUUGCAAGACAAAACUAGGUGUAAUUACUUCUGAUGACUUCCCACUACAUUAUAAGCGAAGCAUGGAAGUUGCUAAUACAGGAGAGACCUUUGAAGAGGUUUUGCAUCGUUCCCCAGGAUUUGGUAAUCCAUCAUUAGUUGAAUAUUUAGCAGAAAAACUAGGAAUAAAUGAAUCAAAUCCACCAUCUUUGCUAAGAAGUCUUCAAAUUAAAAAUUUCAAUGAAGAAGAUUUUGCCCCUGCCUUGAGGAAAAAGCAGUCUGAAUCAUGGGCCUUGAAAUGUGUAAAGGCAGGGGUUGAUUAUUUUAAGGAUGGGCAUCAUGUGGAAGCCAUGAAUGAGUACAACAAGGCUUUGGAAUUUGAUCCAGAGAAUGUUGAAGCUUUGGUAGCACGUGGAGCUCUGUAUGCAACAAAAGGAAGUCUGAACAAAGCCAUAGGUGACUUUGAAAUUGCUUUAGAAAACUGUCCUACCCAUAGAAAUGCAAGAAAAUACCUCUGUCAGACUCUUGUGGAAAGAGGCGGGCAGUUGGAAGAGGAAGACAAACUAGUAAAUGCUGAGAGUUAUUAUAAGAAAGCUUUAAGUUUGGAUGAGACUUUUCAGGAAGCAGAAGAGGCCUUAACAAAACUCCGUAAGCAUAUACAGAAAUCUUUGGAAAUGAGGGAGAAACAAGCUGCCAAAGAAGAGAGACAGAAAGAAAAGAAAGUAGAAACAAGUGCAGAGAAAUUGCGUAAGCUCUUAAAAGAAGAAAAAAGGUUGAAGAAGAAAAGGAAAGUUUCAACUUCCUCCUCUUCCUCCUCAUCAUCAAGUGAAUCUUCAUCAGAUGUAUCAAUUUCUUCCUCCUCCUCUUCCUCUGAUCACAAGAAACGUAGGAAAAAGCAUCGGAAGAGAUCUGAGUCUUCCCGUAGCUCUAAAAAAUACUCAUCUAGAGCUUCUUUCCAUUAUAAAGAUCAGAUUAGGAAAGAGGAGUGUUAUUCACCUCCAGCUGAUACCUCUGCUUCCUUUCUUAACCAAAGUUUUGAAGUGGAGAAACUGCUGGAAAGGCAGGACAGCUUAGUGUGUCCAAAACCAGAAGUAAAAGAGAAAGACACACACCAUUCUUUUUCAAGGACUUCAGGUGAUGAUGAAGACACUUUUGGAGGUAGGUCUGAAGCUUCAAGAGAUUCUUAUAGUAGCUCCAGGACACUGCCAAGCCGUAGCAAAACUGAAAAUUAUGGUGAAACAGAUCGAUUUUCCUCUAGUUGGAGGGGUUCCUCAGGUUCAUACCAUAAGUCAUAUGAUAAACCCAGUAUGCAUUAUUUUAGGAGAUCAGAAAGGGAUGUAGAGGGGAGAAAAGAGCCAUUUAAAAAACAUGGCUCAGGUCACAAAAGGUAUUACAUGUCUCCAGCAGGGUCUGACUAUUAUGGGAGGUCAGCGGGAAAAUGCAGAUCAUAUUCUAGCACCAGCUUCCAUGAAGGUGAUAAAAGCUACGAUAGGGAUAGGCAUGUGUUAAGUAAACAUAAAAAUGAGAGUGAGUAUAAGAGUAGGAGAAGUUCUGAGGAGACUAGUAAAACAAAGGAACCAGAUGAGGAAACGUCUUUAGAGGGCACAGAGCAAACAGACAGUGGCAUUAAAAGAAACCUGCCGCAGAACUUAAUUAACAUAUUCAAUCAAAUAGCUGAGUUUGAGAGGGAGAAAGGAAGUAAGCAGAAGAAAGAGUGAAGUACCUAAGAAAACACUGUGCUCAUGAGUGUAGUUAAACUUUCCUUUGAGUAGUUCUUGAGGAAAUGUAAAUAAAGAAAAAUAGACAGAAUUUGUUCUGUCUUUCAGAAUGUCAAAGAAUUCUUAAAGAUUGUAUGGUGAAAAGAGAUCUAAGGAUAUCUUCCAUAAAAAGUUAUUUCUUAAAAUCUAAGUUUCCAAUGCUUUUAAUUUGGGAUGCUCCUGCACAGUAUUCUCUGAUGGGUUGAAAUCCUUUAAUACCUGUGGACUGUAGUUAGCUGCAACAAACACACUGCACUUUAAUAAUAGAUGGGGUGUGUUUGGUUUUUCUUGUCCCCUGGGGUACUGUUGACUGUUGGUAUUUUGUUAUCAAAGUUAAACUACAGAAAGAGGAUGACUGAAUAAAAGUCAUGUGCCAUCAAUGUACAUAGUUCAUUUGCUCAUUAAAUUUUCUUAAUUCUUCUUAA